AUGGACUCUCUGUCCCUGAAUUGUCACGCAGCUCUUCCUUCUGAGUCGUACGAUCAAGGAGCUGAUAGCGACAGCGAUGCCGAAUACGGUGAGGGAGAGGCUCUGCAAUGCACUCCGUUUCUCGUGUCGUGCUGGUUGUCCCUCCCUUGUCGUAUCCCUUUCAGUAACCAUCAAUCUGUCGGAGCAAAUCAGGUCAGCGUUGAUCAGGGACUUCCGCCACGAGGAGUAUCUUGAGCGGUAUCUUGAGUGGAAGACGCGCGAGCAGCUUAUCGAGAUCAAAAGCACUGUGGCUGUCCAGUUCGUCGAGACCGGAGAAGCUUAUUCCAACUCCGCCCUGUCGCUCAAGAUGGACCGGGACGCGAUGAGAGAACACGUGAUCGAGCACUUUAGGGUAUGCUUUCCACACAGAUCCAUAGAGCCAUGAUCGACAGCCGUUCAGUCACACUCACCGCUCUCCACUUCUCUCAGAGAAACUUCGGCAACGUCGCCGAGUGCAAGAUUGUGACAACAGGUGAGAGCUGGCUACGGUGGGUGCAAGUUGGCGUGUAGUGUUCUUCCGUUUAGCUGACGGCAAGGCGUGUCAUGCCUUCGUCAAGUUCGAGCGCGAGGAGGACUUCAAGCACGCCGUUGAGUGGGAGGGGGACCUGCAGAUACUGUCAUACAGUGGAAUGCCAACGGAUGUGUAUAAUCCGGUGCCUUUUCGAGAGGUGCGUUGGCCUUCACAAGCACCCAAAGUAGAUCGACCAUUCCUUCUCUUGUCUGUGUUUGCCCUUCCGGUAGGAUGGCGAUGAGGAAUUGUUCACCGAAGAGGAGAUGGAGCUGCUGUUCAACCAUGACGAGCCGCGAACCAUUCGCAUCCGCGUGCGGCGGACUUCCAAGCUCCAGUGCGCUCUCAUUGUCGAUGGAUCAAACGUCAUCCAAAGCUACAUGAGUCAGUUCGGCUGCCACUCAGUCAUGCCCUACGUCACCUUCGAGCGUCUUAUCGAUCGUGUUGGUGACCACUUUGAGGCUCACACGGGGAAGAGGAUCGAAGUGCUCGCCGACCACUCGGUCUUCAUCGACACGGAACCGGCCGUGCUUUACGAGGCGUUCAUGAAGAAGCGUGCUCUGGAUGCUGAGAGUGGCAACGGCGACCGUCAGCAGAGCCAGCCUGCGAUCGAAGCACCGCUCCAGACAGCAAGUCAAGGGCCACCAACGGAGGAGCUAGCGGAUCAAGCGGUCGCCGCAGACCGACCAGAGAAUCAGCAGGCGGGGGAAGAGGGCAGCGAGCAAGGACAUGGGGAGGGUCAAGAGGGGGGAGUAGAAGAGGACGUUGCCGAGCCAGCACGUCAAGAGUCCCCCGAGGCACGAGCCCUGAGAGAGAAGGAGGAGAAGGAGCGCCUUCAUGAGCUGCUGGCAAGACCUGAAGGCAGCUGCGUCGGCGACAUGGCCCAAGGGGGGCUGCUCAAGAAAUACUGCUUCAGAGUCAAGACUGUGAAGAUGAAGCCCCUGAGGGCGUUCUGCCACAUGUGCGACGAGUAUCGCCCUCAGAUGCGCAAGAAUGGGCUGCCAUUCCUGCAGCAGCGGGGUGCCGACUGUGCGAUCGGCAUCGCAAUGACCGAUGCAGCUGCCAGUGAUCAGGUUGAUGCUGUCAUUCUCUUUAGCGGUCAGCAGAGUAGAGUAGAGGAGCGACAUCUAAUGUGUGUGUGACGUGUGCGACAUGCUUGCAGGAGAUGGGGAUUUCGUUGAAGUAAAGGCAGCCACCGCACGCUUAAUAUUGACAAAUCCAUGGAUGUUGUCCUUGUGAGGCUGCAGGCUCUUGAAUCAUCUGACAGUCAGGAGUCUCGAAAGAGCAAACUGAAGUACGUGGCGGCGUUUCGCAAGUCGCUCCAGUAAGCGCAAGAGCAACACACAGGUACCGACGAAUGCACUCAUGCGUCACCGUUGCCGUGCUCUGCAGCCGUGAGAUGCAAACUUACGCCCACAAUGUGUGCGUGAUUGGGGAAGAAGACGACUGGCUGCAUCCUUUGCAGGCACCCAACUCAACAGCAGUAGGUGGCCGAGCCUCUUCAGCAGCUGCAGCCGCAGCUACCGCAGCGGCAGCACCAGCGGAAUCCCCAGGAGCCGCAAGACGGGCGACACAGCAAAGACGCUGUGGACAGAGCAGAAGAGCAACACCUGA